AUGACGCCCCGCCUGCGCCCGGAUAACAACCUGCCUGUGUUCAACGAAAGCGGAGUUGUGUUGUGUCAAAACGACAGCGUAUCCGACAUCCAUCCAAUCUGCCUGUCACGAAGAAAAUCAAAUCAGAAGCAAGCCAAGCCAAGAGCAGAGAAUCAGUUUUUUAGGAUGAACAACCUAUCCAUCAGCGAGAUUUGUUGCCUUUUCUGCUGUCCACCAUGUCCCAGCAAGAUCGCCUCAAAGCUGGCCUUCCUGCCCCCUGAGCCCACCUACAGCCUUAUGUGCGAUGACAGUGGCAGCCGGUGGACACUGCACCUCUCUGAGCGUGCUGACUGGCAGUACUCUGCCCGGGAAAGGGAUGCCAUAGAGUGCUUCAUGACCCGAACCUCAAGAGGGAAUCGAAUUGCCUGUAUGUUUGUACGAUGUGCACCCAGUGCACGUUACACCCUACUGUUUUCUCAUGGUAAUGCUGUGGACUUGGGCCAAAUGAGCAGCUUCUACAUUGGGUUGGGGUCUCGCAUCAACUGCAAUGUGUUUUCCUAUGACUACUCGGGUUACGGAGCCAGUUCUGGGAAACCUUCUGAGAAAAACCUAUAUGCUGAUGUCGAUGCUGCCUGGCAAGCUCUGCGAUCAAGGUAUGGCAUUCGUCCUGAGAAUGUGAUUGUGUAUGGCCAGAGCAUUGGCACUGUUCCAUCAGUUGACCUGGCUUCUCGCUAUGAAAGUGCUGCAGUCAUCCUCCACUCUCCUCUGACCUCAGGAAUGAGGGUGGCCUUCCCUGACACAAAGAAAACCUACUGCUUUGACGCCUUUCCCAACAUUGAUAAGAUUGCAAAGGUCACAUCGCCGGUCCUGUUGAUCCAUGGCACUGAGGAUGAGAUCAUAGACUUCUCCCAUGGGCUGGCCCUGUAUGAGCGCUGCCAGCGUCCUGCAGAGCCCUUAUGGGUGGAGGGAGCUGGACACAAUGAUGUGGAGCUCUAUGGGCAGAAUUAUUACAACAACAAAAGGUGGUAG